AUGCUCACCCGACCCAAUGUCUAUACAAUGUGUCGCAUAUGGGCAAAUUUUCGGUAUCCUAACGAGUUUGCAGUUUUUUUAUUGUUGCCGGAGCUAUGCACUUGCAUAUUCUCUCUCUCUCUCCUCUCUCUCUCUUAUGCUACAAUGGCCAUUGCCACUGCAUUCAGGUUCUCCUUUUUCUUCCUUCUACUUCUCAUCAUCCUCGGAACCUUUCACUACAGACCGUCUUACGCUGUGGUUUCCGGUAACUUUCAAACAAUUUCUUCAAAUGAUGGUUCAGAUCGGAAUCUGUUAUCAGUUCAGAGUAACAACAAUCAACGUCCAGACUGCAGCGAAAUAGCGUCGAAGUCUCAGUGCUUCCACAGCCCCAAUUGCCGGUGGUGCCGGAGCCAAGUUCUCGAUGACAUGUGCUUUUCCAAGUCCGAGGCCUGGCGAUUACCAUUUCAGGUCUUUUCUUGUAAUUUGGGACAAAGCUAA